AUGGCUAUUCAUGAAGCCGAAUUUCAGGUGGAGCUGCCCUCGUUGAAGGACGAGUCGCCGUUUAUCUCCUCUCAUGACGAAGAUUGCCGCUCAAGUGGUCCUUCAGGGCACGGAUGCCUGAUGGCGUAUUUCCUUGAAGUGAUUCAAUUCUCGCACAUUGUCGGCUUGGUCAUCCACGGUCUAUACCGGCCAUCUCAGGUUGACCUGUCUCCAGACCAGAUGCUUGAAAGUGCCUCAACACUUGACCAACAUCUAUUGAAGUGGAAGACGAGGCUGCCACGGCAGCUGCGCUUUGACCUGGGCCACACUUUCGAAAAGUCUUUGUCGUUCAAACGCCAGUCCUUCAUGAACCUGCUUUUGCGUCAUAAAGAACGAAUUGCUGAAGCGGAGUGGAAUUGCGUGUAUGAAGCUCAGCAGACUGCGCAUUUGCUGCACAACAUAGUAGACGAACAAAGUUUGGUUCAUGAUUUUCCUUGGUGGCAAAUGAUAUCCUGCUUGAUCUGCGCGAGCUCCAUUUUGUUUGUUGCGGAAAGUUAUUACCACGAUAACAAUUCCACGGAUGGCAAAGCCUCGACUCAAAGUCUUCGAGAAGAUGCAGAGACCUGUCUCAAGGUUUUUGAAGCUCUCAGUGUCAACUCGGCUGCGGCACAGAAAGCAGCGGACAUUUUGGGAUCACUUUCGAGGAUGCAUCGAUCAGUGGAAGAUGCUGUCAACUUGCAUUGA